AGCCGAAUCGCGAGUGGGAGGGAGAGUUGAUGGUCUUCCCCCUCUCGUGUCUUCAUCGUCUUCGCUUGUUUGUUCUCGAAAACCAGGCCUCUGUGCAAGCCCUAAUUUCCUCUAUGUUUUGAAAGGUUUCGAGGUGUUUUGAAAGAGUUCUCCUCGAAACCCUUUCUGACUUUGCGAGGUGCUGUUUUGGUUAGGGGGGCGAGAGCUCCAGGCAAUGGUCGACGAUCUGGACCAGUACAAGCUCUGCGGCUUCCUCUGUGCCGUUGCGUCUAUCGACCCCCAGGAGGUCCUCCCCCACCCAGGCGACGUGUCAUGUCUAGCCAAGCUCCUCCCAGAAGGCUCUCGCUGCUCCAUCUCUUCGGCCUCUCCCGCCUUUGUCGCCGAGUUCGGCCUCACUCUUACCCCCAUUGCCAAGGCUGAAUGUGGUCUUCGCGGCAGCAAUGAUGAAGCCGAAGGGAAUUCGGGGAACUGCCAGAAGGUUGCAGUUCAGGUUCCCGUGAGAAAGGGGAGGAGAAUUGGGCUUGUGAAGGGGAGUACGAGUGUCGUGCAUUGGCUUCACACGUUGGUCGCGCAGAAAUGCUUGAGGAUCGACGCGAGGGUCGUCCGAGUGGCGGUUUCUUCCGGCCGUGCUAGGGCCGUUGUGCUGGUGGACGUUUACUUGCCGAUUGCAUUGUGGUCCGGAUGGCAGUUUCCUAGAUCUGGUCCCCUGGCAGCCGCGCUCUUUUCCCAUUUGAGUUGCAACUGGGAAGAAAGAAAGUUGUGGCUAAAAUGUGAUGAAGGAAAUGGAAGAUACACUUGCAACGGUGAUGAUUGGAUGUGGUCCCCCCCGUAUUGCCAUGUUCUGGGUUGCAAAGUACACUACACCAUGUCAAACUCUAGGAAGAAGCUUUUUGAGCUUCAUGAGAUAUUUAAGAGCUUACCUGGUCUUGCAAAGGAAAGAUGUGUACAUUCCAGCAAAAUUAGUCCUGCUGAAACUACAUGUGGCUCGGGCAUUUGGGAUAUUUCUGAUGAUAUCUUGGUCAAGUUGCUGAGCGGACUUCAACCAAAAGAUCUGGUCAGGGUUGCAGCCUCCUGCCGCCAUUUAAGAUAUUUGGCUGUUUCUAUCAUGCCAUGUAUGAAGCUUAAGCUGUUUCCUCAUCAGCAGGCUGCAGUUGAGUGGAUGCUACAUCGUGAACAAAGUGCUGAGGUUCUUGCGCAUCCUCUUUAUGUGGGUUUCUCAACUGAGGAUGGUUUUCACUUCUACAUAAAUACAGUUUCUGGUGAAAUAUUAACAGGAGUUUCCCCCACUAUCACAGAUUUCUGUGGAGGAAUGUUUUGUGAUGAACCUGGCUUGGGAAAAACCAUAACUGCUCUUUCUCUUAUUCUCAAAACUCAAGGUACACUGGCAGACCCACCUGAAGGCGUAGAAGUUAAAUGGUGCAAGCAUACUUCUGAUCAGAGAUGUGGCUACUAUGAGCUUAAUGCUGAUGACUGCGCAAGUGGCAACUUCAUGUGGACUUGGAGACGAUUUAUGGGGCAGGCUAGACAGCGUGGGAAGUUGUACUCUGGUGGCUUCUCUCAAGAAUCUAAUACUGAAGGAAACAUGAAUCUAUCUUCAUCAUCUGAACGUUCAAAAACAACACAUUCUACUUAUGUGAUUGGAGAUGAUCUAUCUAUCCAUAAAACAGGGAGAUCACCAUGCUCUACUAGGCAUCCUUUGCAGGCAUUUGCUUGUCGGCAAACAAGAAACUUGGCCCGUGUAAAGAGAAACCUGCUUGAAUCAUAUGAAGGGAAUGUUGUGUUGACUACUAGAGCAAUGGCGAAGAAGAAUGUUACAGAUCAGUCAUCUAAGUUGGACUGUUUGGCAACUGUUUGCCUGGAAAAUCAAAUUGAUUCUGAUGCAACUUUGUUUAAUGACUCAAAAAAGCUGAAAGUUAAUGUGGAUCAUGUAGAAACUUGUGAGACUUGGGUUCAGUGUGAUGCUUGCAGUAAGUGGCGCAAGCUUUCAGGCGCAAGUGCACCAGAUCCAAAGCUGGAAUGGUUCUGCAAUAUGAAUGGGGAUCCGUUGCAUCAAAGUUGUUCAAGUCCUGAGGAGUGUUGUGACCAGAAAACGUCCAUUACUAAUUUACCUGGUUUCUACACCAAAGAGACUUCCUCUGGGAAGGAGCAGAAUGUACUGUUUUUUACAGGUGUGCUGAAGGAGCAUCUGGCUUUGAUGAACUCACUGACAAGGAAAGCACUGUGUUGGCUGUCUAAUUUGUCUCCUGAUAAAUUAUUAGCAAUGGAAGCAACUGGACUGAUUCUUCCUCCGAACCUUAACAUAGGGUUUGAUCCAAAGAGAGAGAACCAUGGUUUUAGUAAAAUUUUUCAAGCAUUUGGCCUUAGAAGGCAGAUUUUACGAGGAACAGUCAGAUGGUAUUACCCAAAUUCUCUUUAUAAUUUGGAAUUUGACACAAUGGCAUUACAGAUUGCUCUGACUAAGCCCUUGGAUGUAUUCCGAUUGUAUUUGUCUAGGGCCACCCUCAUUGUUGUCCCUGCAAAUUUAGUGGAUCACUGGAAAAACCAAAUCUCAAAGCAUGUUAGUUCUGGUCAGCUGCGGAUUUAUGUUUGGGCUGAUCAUAAGAAGCCUCAUGCUCACGACCUUGCUUGGGAUUAUGACAUUGUAAUAACAACUUUCAACCGUUUGAGUGCUGAAUGGAGUCAUCGUAACAGGAGCAUCUUGAUGCAAAUUCAUUGGCUGAGAGUAAUGUUGGAUGAGGGCCACACUCUUGGUUCAAGCCUCUGCAUGACAAAUAAAUUGCAAAUGGCUGUUUCAUUGGCAGCUUCAAAACGAUGGCUGUUGACUGGAACACCAAUGCCAAACACUCCCAACAGUCAGGUGGCCCAUCUUCAUCCCAUGCUGAAAUUCCUACAUGAGGAGGCCUAUGGAAAACACCAAAGCUCAUGGGAGGCUGGUAUUCUUAGACCCUUUGAGGCAGAAAUGGAGGAAGGUCGUUCUCGUCUUAUACAGCUGCUUCAGAGAUGCAUGAUCAGUGCUAGGAAAGUAGAUCUGCAAACUAUUCCUCCUUGUAUCAAGAGAGUGGUGUAUCUUCAUUUUACCGAAGAGCAUGCAAAGAGUUAUAAUGAGCUUGUAGUUACAGUCAGACGCAAUAUUCUCAUGGCUGAUUGGAAUGAUCCUUCUCACGUUGAGUCCCUCUUGAAUCCUAAACAGUGGAAAUUUCGUAGCAACACAAUCAGGAAUGUCAGGCUUUCAUGUUGUGUGGCUGGGCACAUCAAAGUAAGAGAGGCAGGUGAGGACAUUCAAGAAACAAUGGAUAUUUUAGUUCAACAUGGUCUUGAUCCUGCUUCAGAAGAAUACUUGUUUAUCAGAAAUGCUCUUUUAAAUGGUGGAAGUUGUUGCAGAUGCAAAGAAUGGUGCCGCUUGCCUGUCAUAACUCCUUGUAGGCAUUUAUUAUGCCUCGGUUGUGUUGCACUGGACAGUGAAAGAUGUACUUAUCCUGGGUGUGGUUAUGCCUAUGAAAUGCAGAGUCCUGAAACCUUAGCUCGGCCUGAAAAUCCCAAUCCAAAGUGGCCUGUCCCUAAAGACCUUAUUGAGUUGCAACCAUCAUACAAGCAGGACAACUGGGACCCGGAUUGGCAUGCAACAUCAAGUAGCAAGGUUGCAUAUCUUGUCGAGAGGUUAAAAUGUCUGCAAAACGCUAAUAGGAAAAUGGGUUAUUCUCUAGCUGAGGACAGUACUGAAUCUGGUGGGAAAAUGCAUCUGUCUGGCUCAAGGAAGCAAUUGGAGGAGAUUCUAUACCAUGAAGACAGGGCAGAUAUGCUGAAUGAAUCUUCUGGUAGCUUGCCAGAGAAAGUCAUUGUAUUUUCACAAUUUCUGGAGCAUAUACAUGUCAUUGAACAACAGUUGACAAUUGCUGGUAUCAGAUAUGCUGGGAUGUACAGCCCAAUGCAUUCAACUAACAAGAUGAAGUCAUUGAUGAUUUUUCGAUAUGAUCCGAACUGCAUGGUUUUGUUGAUGGAUGGGAGUGCAGCCCUGGGUUUAGAUUUGAGCUUUGUCACACAUGUUUUUCUAAUGGAACCAAUUUGGGACAGAAGUAUGGAGGAACAAGUCAUAAGUCGGGCUCACCGGAUGGGUGCUACUCGUCCUGUCCAUGUGGAAACUUUGGCCAUGCGUGGAACCAUUGAGGAGCAGAUGCUUGGGUUUUUACAGGAUACGGCCGAAUGCAAAAAGGCAUUGAAGCAGGAAUUGGAUGGCAGUAACCAUAGUGGUGCACAAGUUCGCAGAACAUUACAUGAUUUUGCAGAGAGAAAUUAUCUUGCUCAGCUCAAUUUUGUACGGAUUAAAGCUGAAACAUGAAGGUUUAUGUCUUCUCCAUUGCUGUAUGCGUACAAUUCCCAACACUUUCUGCUGAUUUAAACAUCACCUGCACUAUAGCCACCUGCAAGGGAUUCCUCUUCUCCUAUAGUUCUACUUAAAGCUUUUUCAGAGUUUGACAUGCUGAUGGUUUCUGAUCUCUCCCCUUUAUGAGAAAGCUUAGUGUUCAACCACGCCGUUCAAGAUUACUUGCAUCUGUUUUUGUGAUGAUUUAUCCAACUUUGAGCUUGUUGAAGGCAUACAAGUGGGAAAUAACGAUGCCAUUUUCUGUUCACCUUGUAAACCUGUAUCAGCUUUUAUUUUUGGUUGGCAGUACUUCAUUUGACGUCCAAAAUCCCAGCUUUUGGUCUGCCUGCAGAAACAGGUUUUAGGCGUUCCAAACUUGCAGUUGCAAUUUUCAUUCAGUGAUCAAUUAUUGUGGGUUGAGGAUCAAAGCUUAUCAGAAUCCCAUGGAGUCCGACGGGUGGAUCGUUGGCAUUGCAGCACUUGAAGACCACACCAGGAUAUUGAAUGAUCUGUAUAAUAUGCAAAGCAGGUGGCUUGUGACUGGCACCAAUACAUCUCUCAAAGAGGGAUGCAGGGCAGCCUUGUAAAAUCAAAUUUCCGCUUAAUGAAUACCAAAGAACAGUACAAUGCCCUCUCGUUAAGGGCCCUUGUAACCUACCAACUGUUGGGAGGUAUUUGAUUUUUCUCAACAUAAUUUAUGUUGGAUAUUUUCGAAGGGAAUAAAAAUGAAAAUUUACCAAGCA